AUGCCCGUCAGGGACAAUCGCGUGCGGGGCCUCCGGCCCCCGGCUACUCGCGCGCCCGAGCUUGCGAGCUCGUUCCUGACCGCGCGGGUCAGCGUGUUUCAACACACUCCCUCGAGCGAAGCAAGCGAGGGCUCGCGCACACUCCCUGCUUCUCGGCACUCCCUCAAACUCGGCAUUCAUCCUCACACCCUCUCGGCGGGUUCGAUCGGUGCUCUCGACGAGCGGUUCUUCGGUUCGGCGGUGCUCUCGGCGAGCGGUUCAGGUGCUCUCGGCGAGCGGUUCGGGUACGGCGGUUCAACGGUGCUCUCGGCGAGCAAUUCAGCGGUUCGAUGGUUCGGCAGUUCGACAUUCGACGGCGGGGUUCAAUCGGGUCCGCGUCAGGGUUCGGCAAUCGUACGGGUUCGAUCAAGAUGGCUUCGGCCCCAUCCAGGCAAGCGGUUCGGCAGCGACGGCGGCGGGAAUAUUCUGCGGCGCAGCGGCGGCCAGCAGAGCGUCGACAGCGACGGCAUGCGCGCGGGAUCCGGCGACGCAGCGAGUGGCAGGCUUCAAGCUGCCCCCAGAGCUUUGCAUGGUAGUAAACCCCCAGGCAGGCUGACGCGAUUGUGUUGGAACAACGGUGCGAACGGCGCGGGGGCGCGUUUGUCCACGGGCGUAGCGAUGCCCGUCAGGGACAAUCGCGUGCGGGGCCUCCGGCCCCCGGCUACUCGCGCGCCCGAGCUUGCGAGCUCGUUCCUGACCGCGCGGGUCAGCGUGUUUCAACACCCCUACUAUACACUUCUGUCGUUUUUGCCUGGCACGAUGUCAGUUACUCUUGAGGCGACGAGAUAUUUGUCCGGAAUGGCGCUAACCAUCUCUCUUUUCGAUCAGUUACUAAACUUUUCCAAAGAAAUAGAGCUAGUAUGGGCCCAUCCCAGAUUGUGGACAUCUAUGCAAUUCAUUGUGGUAAUCAACCGGUAUGGCGGAGGGGCCAGCAUGCUAUUCAUCGCAUAUGGCCACUUAUAUCAAACUUCAUGUCACGAUCUUGUCGUCGUUGCACUAAUAUAUGGUGUCAUCGGCAGUGCUAUAUCGUAUUCUCCUGAGAUCAACGCAUGUGUAGUCAACGAGAACGCAUAUCACGGGCGUAUUACUGGUUACAUGAUAGUCAGACUUCGGAGGUUGCCGACAUACCAAGAUUAUGGACAGGCACGGUGCAGUCGCGGAACAUUCCAAGUAGAGUGGGUGAAGUAUGUCCGCGCAUCUUCAGUGGCUCGAGAAGCGUGUGAAGCAAGACAAUAUGAUACUAUGCCACGUCCUGACUUCUCCGAUGAGCUCAGCCUUAAGGUCGUCUUUCAAAAUCAAAGUGAUGGUUUGUUCCUUUUCUGCCGAUGGCAACGGACAAUGAACAAGCUCCCAUAUCCCCGAUUGAACCCCUUAACCUUUGGGCCAUCAGGCCGAGCCCUGCAAGGCGGCCUGCAGCGACUUAGGCCAAGGCUGAGAGCAGAGCCGUGGGCAGGCGGCUCUCGGGUGCCACCAGGAAAGGCGCAGAGGUCUCUUGAACGCGCGAUGGUCAUUGACUCUAUAUUUAGCAAAUUGGUAACACCCCCAAUUGACGACAGAUCGACUGGCCUUGAAUGGGCGGCUUUCGAGGCGGACCCGGCCAGACCCAAGAACCAAGCGAGUAAUGAGGUGGAGUAUCUCAGGACUGUCAUGACACGGCCUUAUUUAUUGGCGCGCGCUAGAGGGGGCGCCCAUCUGCGCGGGCUUGCCCGAGAUUUAUGUUUGAAGCUUACGCUGUCCCCACCGGAGGACCGGUUCAAAGUCAGCGAAGAAACGGAAUGUCUAGGCCCGAAGGACCGCAUGCCCACUGUGCCGGUGAUGGCAUAUAGUCGGGGAAGCUCUCGGCGCACGCGCACGGGUGCAGACGAGAAGCAGGGAGUCUUUGGGAAGUAG